UUGCUUAUAGAUGUGAACAGUAAGCACUGACACUAUCUUCGUCACACGCGGCGAAGCGAUCUCUCAAACUCUUACCACCAACCACUUCUCUUCUCUCACUCUCUCAUUUUUUGCUUUCUUCUGUCAUUAGUCUUUCAAAGUUUGAAACUUUUUUUUCUCUCUCUUUCUCUACUCCCAUAAUCCCAUUUCUCUUAAGCCGCAAUUCAUAAUAGAACUGUCUCGAAAGCCAUCCUUCUGCACAUUCCUUCAGCUAUAAAAGAUCCUACCUUUGACAGUCGAAGCAUCUUAAAGACGAACCAAAAUGAGAGAGAGAAUUAUUCAUGAUAUGUUUUGUUCUUAAUUGGAAAAUUGUAAUGCAUGCACACUCUCUUGAAGGGUAAGUUUCUGAGAAUUUUCUGUCACUUUCUCGGCAAAAAAUUAUGUCUUCCCUCUCCAAUCUUGAACGCUUUCUCCUACGCGUCACUCCAGAUGUUCCGUCACUCACUCUUCAGAGCUGCUGUAGUGAUCUAAAUGCACAAUGGCUACCUCCUGGCAAAGACACAAUCGAAUAUUUCACUCUGAAAGAUCUUUGGGACUGCUACUAUGAAUGGAGUGCCUUUGGUGCUGGCAUUCCUAUGAUAUUGGAAAAUGGUGACACUCUGGUGCAAUACUAUGCUCCAUAUCUGUCUGCUACCCAAAUCUAUAUCAGUAAAUCUAGGAUUCGGAAAGAGUACGGUGAAGGAGUUGAAGUUGAAUGUGAUUCCUUGAGCGAGGACAGUGCAAGUGAUAACCUUUCUAGAUCACCCAGUAACAAUUCUAGCAAAGCAUGGGAUGAUGCUUCUUUGGAUUCAGGCUCUGACCAAGUGGGUUCAUGCACAACAAAGGAUAUGCUUGGCGCCCUUUACUUACAGUACUCUGAGAACUCUCCACCUUACCAGCGGGUUCCAUUUUCUGAGAAGAUAACCGAGUUAGCUAAAAGCCAUCCAGGAUUGAUGAGGUUGAAGAGUGUGGAUAUUUCCCCCACAAGUUGGAUGGCUGUUUCAUGGUAUCCCAUUUAUUCCGUACCAUGCCACAAAAAUAAAAGGGACCAAACAAGCUUCCUCACUUUCCAUUCACUUUCAUCUUUCCAAGACUGUGCAAGCAAAUAUGACGAAAUUCACACAGGGAAUAACAAAAGUUGUUUAAUUGAUUGGCGAAGUAUUGUGGGAGAGAAAUGCAAGAAAAAAGAGAGGGGUUGCAUGUCUCUCUCUCCUUUUGGGUUAGCCACGUACAAAAUGAGGAAAAACAUAUGGUUAAAUCCCUAUAACAAUAACCAAGUGGUGACCGAUCUAUACAACGCUGCAGACUGGUGGUUGAAGCAUAUCAACGCUGACCACCCUGACUUCAACUUCUUCACACGCCAACCUACCUUGUAGAUUGGUUUGUGUUGUGUUCAUCACCACCAGCUCAAUGCCCCUUUGCUCAGUUUGCUACUCUCAUUUCGGUAUCAGAAUUUGCUUAGUUUGGUACUCUGACCUUCACCCUAGGUCCAACUCUGAGAACAUUAAUAAAUAAAAUGUAAAGUUUAGUUUAAUGGGUUCAUGUAAAGUGAUAUUUAUCUUAGCUUCUUUACCCAAUCUUUUUUCUUUUUGGUUAGGUUGCUUUCAAAGAUGACUGAAACUUUGUAGUAGGUAAACUAUUUUGGUAUGUCUUCUGUUGUAUAGUU